AGAAAACAGCAUUGGGAAGCAAUCCGCGCACGGAUUUCUCAAUCAGACACGGAUCUUGCAUCCGGCAUCUACACUAGCCAUAACAACGCCACAGAAACACCGAAAGCGGCAUAUGGAAGGGCUGGUAAACCGGCCUCAUCCGAGGAUUUUGAGAAAAGCUGUCGGUGGCCAGCGGUGUGGGUGCAGAAGCAGAAGCAGAAGCAGAAGAAGAAGAAGAAGAAGAAGAAGAAGAAGAAGAAGAAGAAGAAGAAGAAGAAGAAGCAGAAGAAGAAGAAGAAGCAGUAUGUGUAUUGCGUCUGUCAGUUUCGGCCUAGGUUGGUUUGAUCCAGUCAAUGGUUUUAAAGAUAGUUGUCUUUGGACCUUCUGGUAUAUUGAAAGGAGGAAGUUUACCAUUGAGUUUUGGAAUCACUUUUGGAUCCACUUUUGGAAUCACUUUUGGAGUCAAAAUAAGAGCAUGACCUAUAUACAUCUCAACUACUAGAAAACAAGCAAUUAUGUAUCUUAAUAAAUAGAUUUGAAUAUUUAUCUUUCUGUUAUUUUAAAUUGUCUAUUUUUAAUCCUGUUAUUCUUCUUUGACUAUUUUCUGUUAAUUUACAACCUAUACUUUGUUAUAUACU